GGGGAAUAGGCCAACGAUCAAUGUGCCCAACUUGUCGAGCGGCUGGAAUCGAUCGGCUCCGGCUGCAUAUGGUUUGAUCCGGAUUCCCUUUUAGCCAACUUUUCUAAGAUCAAAACUGAUUCUACCAUGUUUCUUACCCAUUACCAAAAAAACGAUCCGGCAGGAGGCUGAAAGCGUAAGAAUUCCCGCGGGGUCAAAUCGACGAACCAAACAAUCCUCUAAUCACCUCUAAUCAACUGGCUGGUCUACUCCGAGAUAAUCUCUGAUGGGAACCGGAAGUUCCCCGACCAAACGAAAUUUCUCAAUUCGUCUUGCAGCUGAGCCAGCAAAAAGAUGGCGUGGGCGGAAGACAAAGGGCAAUCAAAAAAAAAAGAAAGGAGAGGACAUACUUUUACCAAUGGCCUGCUUCUUGGAUAGGGGAAAGGCUAAGCUGUGUUGAAUAUGACAGCAAAGGAAGACUCGAGAACCUCUUGCCGACAAAAGGCAUUACUUAAGACUUGCAAAAGCCAAAAGGAUACGUUUUGUUUAUGCUCUUCACCCGCCACCACCCACAAGAGCUUCGUGUAGAACAACAGUGGCUCAACAUUUACACAGACUAAGACGGGACUAAGAACUUUCUGUAGUCGAUCAUAUAUUGUCCUUAUUUCUUUUCUGGCCCUUUCCCUUUGCCCCGUUCGCGCAAUCUGCUACUGCUGCCUCCCGUCCUCCAUGGUGGCACUGGAUGGGCUGAGAGACGGGCGAGUCUGCGGACUAGGAGCUUGCCCCGGUAGUCUCUCUUUCCCACCACGCGCAGCUCUCUUCACCAUCUCCCCACGAUUUGUUGACACACGGAAAGAAAGCCAUACACACCGGGGAGAAUCAGUGGCCUCGCUUCUACUCUGGGUACGUUGACGUCGAGAAUCUCUCAAGCGACGAUACUUAAUCGCAAAUUGGUUGACGACAGAACCGCUCCGCAAAGUAAUUCUACAAAUAAUAUUUCCUCCACCAUUCUUCCUUUCUAUUCGCGGGCCCUGGAUAAAAGGAAGCCUUGGUCCGCUCUGUGGUCAAUAUUUCUGCCGUCUCGUCGGUCGCACUUGAGAAGAAAGAAAGAAGAGUUACGCAACUCGAAGAUAAAGGAUCAGAUAACGAGUCGUCAUACUUGUGUUCGGAAGCUCAUCGAACAAGAUCUCGUUGGGAGGAAAAAAAGCGACUGCUCUACCGAGAUAUUCUGUAUUCAAAAAGAGCAGCCUCCUAAUACUCAGUCCCGCCAUAUUUACUUCCAUUCCAGGAGUGAAGAAGAGUUUCCGGGAUCGAUCCAGCAGCGCACGACCCCUCCCCGGGGAUAGCGAGAGCCCCGGCACAUUCAUCGCCACCCACCACCGACGACGGCGGGCGGGAAGACAAAUUAAUAGAGCUCCACCAUCACGGCGAAAGGUGGUGGGCGUUCAAAAUUGGCUCGCCCAGCAGCUGCCAGAAGCUGAAUAGCAUGAGUACCGACAACAUACCGACCCUUUGCGUCCGUCUCCCAGUCAACGGAAGUUGAGAAUGGCAUCAGGAAAAGAAUUGAACAACUAGUCUUGCUACUGUUGGAGGAAGUGUCGUGGCACUCGACUAGCUGCUCUCUUUCUUCGUCAUCUUGUCGCAGCUGGAACGUUACUUCUGCUCCUGCAAAAGAGAAGUCGACGACCUACGCCCGAACGGAUUUCCCUUUGUCUGUCGGAUGCAUGUACGUAUGCAACGAGAAGGGGCCAAUUGACAGGGAAUAACAAAUCGAACGUACGGUCACGAUUGGGUGAACAAUUGGCAAGCACAAAAAAAAGGGGGAAGCUGUUAAGGUGUUGAAGGCUGACUGAGCGAUAAAUCCUCUUCAACACGAGACACAUUGCACGUACCACACCGCCCACUACAAGUCGCCCCCAGGUUCCGAAGAAGCUACAAUGAGUGUGCGUCGCGUCAAGGGCUCCUAUCGUAAUUCGCUCAGGCGUUUCGGAAGCGGCGAUCCUAACAAAGCCGUCCGCAACAGCGCCUGGAUCUUCCGUAACGGCGAAUGGCGGCUCAUCUUCGACGACGGAGAGGAGGCGUGUCUUCUUUAUGCCAAACAUGAGAGGUUGCCGCUCAAGGAUUUCGGCGCAGAGGUCAGACCAGCUGUGGACAUUACCCAGUUCCUGCAGCAGAGCGUCCUACUCCUGGACGUCACGGAGAAUUCGCCUUCUGACCUGGUCGAUCUCCUCCUCAGCAGGAUGGUGCCGUCCGUUGCCGAAGAGGCCAAAAUGAUUCUCUUCACUCAUGACACAGUUCCGAUGCUGGCGAGGACGAUUCAGGCGACGUGCACAACGGGCGACAGCGGCACUUUCGACUACGAUCAAUCUUGGAUCUGCGCUCUAUGCAAUCUACCAACACUGACGAGACGCCACGUCGGAAUCGUCCGCCUCAAGCAUCCGGCAAAUAUGGGCCAUACUUGCCACGAAGUCCGACUCUUCGUCUUGGUUCUCUGCCCCAGUAAAGAGAAAGGGACGAAGAACGCACUGGAAACUGGCCGAACGUUUGCCACCCUGCUGGCCGACAUGGAUCUCCGGCAGCGUCUGCUGGAGGCCCGGACUGAGGACGAGUUCAAGCGGAUCUUGCUGAAACACACGCAGGAGCUGGCUGAAGAGCAGGCCAUUUCCAUCCGAGUGGAUCACGGAAGUGCGACAAGACUCUCAACCGGCGGCGAGAGCAAUGAGGGCGAAAAGUUGUGCAGAUUUGGGCAGGGCAUCAGAGAGGAUCUCUCACGACGUCUGCCCCACUACAUCUCUGAUUACAAGGAUGGUUUGACAGGUGUCAAAACGCCCCAAAAGGUCCUCUCCACUACCCUGUUCCUCUACUUCGCCUGCAUCCUUCCGGCCAUCGCUUUCGGCGUCCUCAACGACCACAAUACGCACGGAAAAAUAGACGUCAAGAAAGUCAUCAUCGGUCAGACCAUCGGCGGCUUAUUCUUCUUCGUCUUCGGCGGCCAGCCCCUGCUGAUCCUGCUCACCACCGCGCCACUCUCACUCUACAUCAAAGUGAUCUACAGCAUCUGCGAGGAUUUCCAGCUGGAUUUCUACGCCAUGUACGGAUGUGUAGGUCUCUGGUCAUCGUUCUUCCUGGUCCUCUAUUCGCUCUUCGACGUCUCGCGCCUCAUGCGAUGGUCCACCCGUUCCACCGAGGAGAUCUUUGCCCUUUUCAUAUCCAUCGCAUUCUGCGUCGACGCCUUUCGCGACACUGUCAAAAAUUUCCAGGAGAACUACAACGCCCCGUCGUGUAAGGGUGAUCCAGCGAGCCUAGCAGUCAACGUCAGCAGUAAAGCGAAUCGUGUCGACACGCCCACUGCUGCUAAUAAUUCCGUGGUGGCUUACUUACUUAGCCAGGGCAAUGCUUCCGUCUCCGAAAUCGUGGAAUGCAACCGGGCCAGCUCUCUCCUAUUCCUUCUCCUCAUGUUUGGCACCGUCUGGAUAGGCGUCUCCCUAUACAAUUUCAACAAAACACCGUACCUGCAGGCUGGAAAACGGGAAGCCUUGGCCGAUUACUCGCUGCCCGUAGCUGUCAUCACGCUCAGCUUUGUCGGCUCUUAUCUCUUCCAAGAUGUGACGGUGGAGAGGUUCCGAUAUGACGACAAAAACGUCUUUAUGGUGGCACCGCUCGAACGGCUAUCUUGGCUGGCCGUCUUGGGAGCCAUGGGCAUGGGAUUCUCUUUAUCGCUGCUCUUUUUCAUGGAUCAAAACAUCACGUCGGCCAUGGUCAACAAUCCGUGCAACAAGCUUAAGAAAGGUCCUGCCUACCAUUGGGAUUUGUUCGUGGUGGCGUUGGUGACGGCUUUCCUGUCCUUAUUCGGACUGCCGUGGAUGCACGCCACCCUGCCACACUCGCCGUUGCACGUCCGCGGUCUGGCCGAUGUCGAGGAAAGAGUCGACCAAGGGCACGUCUACGAAAUUAUUGUGAAAGUGCGCGAGACGAGACUGACGGGCAUGAUUUCACACUUCUUCAUCGGUCUCUCGCUCUUCCUGCUGCCCUAUCCGCUGGCCUACAUUCCAACGGCUGUCCUGGAUGGACUCUUCCUCUACAUGGCAGUUACUGCUCUCAACGGCAAUCAAAUGUUUGAGCGCAUUACUCUCCUCUUUAUGGAACAGGCCGCUUAUCCACCGAAUCACUACAUUCGCCGAGUCCCACAACGCAAAAUCCAUCAGUUCACCGGCUGUCAGGUGAUGCAGUUGUUGGUCAUGUGCCUCUUUGGCUUUGCUCCUUGGGCUUACAUGAAGAUGGUCUUCCCACUCAUCAUCCUCUUCCUCCUGCCUGUUCGACACCGGCUCGUCCCGCAACUCAUCGAUGGUCGCUUCCUGGAAGCGCUAGACGGAGAGCAUCAGUGAGUGAAGGGAUAAAGAGAAGAAUCCGCGUCAUUCUCCCUCUCUAUACAUCUAUCUAUCUGUCUCGAUCUUUUUAGGAACUUUUAGAAACCACAUUAGUUACAUUUUCUCGAUUCCUUUUAUUCAUUCCUUCUAUUAAACGUCACGUAAUUCCAGUUCAUUGAAUGAAAUCCAAUCGAAUCCUUACCAUUUCCAUUUUCUACCAACACAUUUUUAGGAGAUUUUUUUUUUGUACACCGCUAUGAAAUAGUCAAGCAUCCAGAAGGAAAUGUUGAAUUAACUUAAAAACUUAACGAUCGAGUUCUAGUGCAAUAAGAAGAAGUGCAUUUAGUCGCUCCGAUGUGGUUCUAAGCAUCCGACCCUCCUCAGUUCUUUUCUCUCUUUAAUUUAAUUCUUUAUCUCUCUCUCUUUAUCUCUCUCUCUCUCUCUCACUCGCACGCUCUUUAUUAUCGAUUGAUGAUCAUACGGAUGGUGGUGUCGGUUAACAAUUGUUUAGUGCUAACUAGUUUUCGGGUGGGAUUUUUGUUUGCUAUGUUGAACGUGGGUGAGUGGGGCAAUACGAAUAUAAUAAAAACAUGUUUAUGUUUUCUCUAAUUCUAUUCAAUUGUUUGAUGCGUUACUAUAUAGUCAAUGUUUGUUACACACGUUCGUCAAAACCGGCCGUAUAUAUGUAAAUAACGAACAUACUGUAAACAUUUAACCACCUUACUUAUUGUAGACCGAUUCCCGAUUCAUUUUCACUCUUUACAUUUGCGAAGUUAUGAUAUCAAGAUUUGCUCUGAAUGUGAUUUCCAAAGUUUGUUAUGUCGAGUGCGGGUUACUUGCGGAAUGAAUUAUUACAAACAGAGCUUGUUAUCGCUUUGAA